CUCUCUAAAGUAGGUCAAAAGCUCUGUUGUUCACAGUUCCAAAGUGCACUUUUUAUGAAAGCAGCCCAUGCUUUGCAAGAUAACCUAAUUGAUACAGAGAAGAAAAGGGAAUACAUGUUGGAUUUCUGUUUCUGACUCAAGUUCACUAACACACGUUUAGGUUGGCACUCGAGCUCGACUAUGACUGCAGAAAUCUGGGACGUUAUUAUUGUUGGCGCCGGGCUAUCUGGGCUGAGUGCGGCUCAUUUGCUCAGAAAAAGGAAUGCCAAGUUUAAAAUAUUGGUACUGGAAGGAAAAGAUCGAGUGGGAGGUCGCACGGUGUCCGCAGAAAUACCGGCAGCUAAUGGAGUCGAUCGCUGGGACUUUGGAGGGCAGUGGGUAGGAAGCACUCAAACACACAUCCUGGAGCUCAUAAGGGAGCUGGGCUUAGAGACUUAUGCACAAUUCAAUAUUGGCAAGAAGGUGCACCACAUGGGAGGUCCAGGCUCCAAAGUUCGCACCUACAGUACCAUUAUCCCUGCUCUGUCCCUAAUGGGGCUAAUGGACAUGACCCAGCUCCUGUGGAAGAUUGACAGAUUGUGUGCCACAGUGUGUGUCCAGGAACCCUCAAUGACUCCCGGUGCUGUUGAACUGGACAGUAUGACUUUGCAAUCGUACAUUGAGAAACAAGCCUGGACUACAGAACUAAAAGAGGAGAUGGGAGUGUGCAGCAGGUCCGUCCUUGGCAUGGAGCCUUCCCAGAUGUCCUUCCUCUUCUUCCUCAUGUAUGCUGCAGCAGCUGGAGGGGUAAUGCCUCUGCUGGAGAGCACUCCAGGUUGUGCACAAGAGCUAAAGAUAAAGGGAGGCACCCAGCAGCUUUCUCAGUGUCUGGCGGAACACGUUGGGUUAAAGAACGUCCGGCUGGGUUCUGCUGUGACAGCCAUAUGGCAGGAUGCUGAGUGGGCCCGGGUUACCACCACUACCAACACCUUCUUGUGCAGAGCCGUGAUCGUCACCUGCCCCCCUCAUUUGGCAGCAAAGAUCCAGUACCAGCCAGCCCUGCCCAACCAGAGAGAAUUCCUUACCCAGAACAUGCCUGUGGGCCACAUGAUAAAAUUCAUAUUAACAUACCAGACGGCUUUUUGGAGGGAGAAAGGCUUCUCAGGGGAAAUAGUGGCGGGAUCCUCCACCGGGUGUCCAUUCUGUGUCACUUUUGACGCCACCAGCCCCAGUGGUAAUGCUGCAUUGGUAGGCUUCAUUGCCGGCCAGCAGGCUUCACAAUGGAGCUCCAAGGAGAGCGGGGAGAGAAGAGAAGCCGUGCUUUCCAGCCUAGUCAAAUACCUGGGACCUGAGGCCGCGUCUUUCAUCCACUAUGAAGAGAAAGACUGGGCUAAGGAGGAGUACAGCGGCGGCUGCCCUGUUAAUGUCAUGGCGCCAGGUCUGCUAACAUAUUACCACCCGAGCCUGAGGAAGCCCUGUGGCAGGAUCCACUGGGCAGGCACGGAGACAGCCACCAUGUGGUGUGGCUACAUGAGCGGAGCAGUGCAGGCGGGUCAGCGAGCAUCUCUGGAAGUACUGGCUGAACUCUGCCCGAUGAACCUGACCCAGGAGGAGCAGGAAGCUGUGCAGCACAAUCACACUGCUAAAGGUGGAGCGAAGCAAACAUCCAAACUCCGCCACCUGUGCACCAGCAAGGCUGUGGUCAUAGCAACACUGGCUAUAAGUGCAGCUGUCUUGUUGGCAAAGAAACAGAAUGCAAUGUUUAAGAUUAAAGCUUGUGUUACAAAUGUAUUUACAGCAACAAGGCAUACUACAUUUGGAUUAUAAACACAGACGUGAAGCACAGGUUUGAUUUCCACCUGCUCAAGUUUUUUCAGGGGCUUCAAAGAAGAGGUGUUCUCCCUAAUUACAUUUUCCCCCAGAAAAAGCUGCAUAUUUAACGACAAAGUUGAAAUUAAAUGAUUUCAUUAUAUUGUAUCAGAUCAAGUCAUAUUGUAAUAUUGGUAUCCAAGCGUGCCAAUGUUGUUCAUGUCAUUUUCUGUGUGGAAUAAAUACGUUUUAACUAAA